AUGCGUUCCCGUCAUCUAUUCUCGAUUUUAUUUUUGGGCAUCGUUACACUCAUCAGUGCAAGCGCAAACUCGGCCACCGUUACACGAAUCCUAUACCAGUUUCCCAACUUAACCUCUCUCGAAAACAUCGCUGUUCGCAGUAAUGGGCACCUUCUGUUAACACCAGUGACAUCCUCUUCGCUAUAUUCUCUAGAUCCAUCUUCCCCAAAAGUCGCAAAUCUAGUCCACACGUUUCCGAAUGCGACAUCUCUCCUGGGUAUCACCGAAUAUGAGCCCGAUGUCUUUGCGCUUGUUUCCGGGGCCGACCCCGAAGAUCCAUCAAUUCCUUGGGUGAUUUGGAGUGUAGAUUUGAAAGGGUAUCUUGAAGGAUCCAAGAACCCACUUGUACGAAAAAUCGCCACUUUACCAAAAGCACUCUUUCUUAACGGAUUGACACAUCUCGCACCGGGAAGUCCUUGGAUCCUUGCUGCAGACUCGCAGCUUGGACUUAUUUGGCGAAUCAAUGUCAACACGGGGGCAGUCAACGUCGCAAUCUCGGACCCCUUAAUGGCACCGGUGACGGAGUUUGGCAUCGCCUUAGGAGUGAAUGGUAUUCACAUCUUUCAAUCCCAUCUCUUUUUUACCAAUAUAUUCCUCAAAGGAGGCUUUUUCGCGAAAAUCCCAAUUGAUCCAAGGACUGGGACGGCUCUAGGAAAAGCGACUAUGGUAGCGAGGAAUGGACUUUGCGAUGAUUUUGCCAUAGACUCGAAAGGCAACGCGUGGGUGACUCAGAACUUGUUGAACGGGGUUCAAGUCAUUAAGCCUGAUGGUUCUGUUCGGGUACCCAUUGGUGGUGUCAAUGACACCAUUCUGGAGGGUGCAACUGGAGCUGUGUUUGGGAGAACUCUCAAGGAUAAGAAUGUUCUCUAUGUGUCAACCAAUGGUGGAUCAGCGGUUCCUGUACCUGGAACAUUUAGAGUUGGUGGAACUGUGGUUGCUGUUGACACAAAUCUCUUGUAG